GUUACAGGCGCUUGUGUUGGUGAGGUGAACAUCUCCCAUGGUGAGAACGUGAAAAGCAGCGUAAAGGAUAAACAGCAGGCGUUUGUGACGAUUUUAACAUCAGCACAUCAUAUAUGUGGACGCGGUGGAUUUAUUUUCCCUUCCUGCAUUGGCAGACUGCUGGUUUUCGUCGAUAAAGGCAGACUGUGAAGCUCUCACAGUAACUAACACACGCGCUUUGAUUGGAACGUUCAGACACUCUGUUACAUUGAUACAUUGUGGCCAAACGGCGCGUUUCCGACUCUUUUUAAUUCGCUGAAGCGGGAGAGAAGAAACAUUCACUUUAUUCAGCGAUGACUCGAUUGGGUUUAACAUAACUGCUAAAUCACGUAUGUGACUUACACAACAGCCAACCUGGUGCCUUUUAUUUUGGGGUUUUGCACUGGAUUUACAUUGUAAGUGACAGAGAUGGCAGACAGCGGUCGGGUGAAGCACGACAGCCCGAGCUCGAGCCCCGGACCCAGAAGAAAAAGGACGCAGCAGUCGCCCGGUUCAAAGGCGCGGUAUUCGGUUAACGCUCCCGGACACUGCUUUCGGAGAGUGACCCUGACCAAACCGACCUUCUGCCAUCACUGCAGCGACUUCAUAUGGGGGAUUGUCGGGUUUGUUUGUGAAGUGUGUAACUUCAUGUCACAUGAGAAGUGUUUGAAGCACGUCAGGACCAUGUGUUCCUGUAUGGCUCCCACACAAGUUCAGGUUCCUGUAGCGCACUGUUUCGGUCCCGCCGGCCAGAAGAAGAGGUUCUGUUGUGUUUGCCGAAAGCAUCUGGAAGGCAGUUCAGCUCUGCGCUGUGAAGUGUGUGAGCUACACAUUCACAGCGACUGUGCCCCGUUCAGCGUUAGCGACUGUCGUGUCUGCCACCAAGAUGGAGGGCAAGACGUUGACACGUACCAGCACCACUGGCGGGAGGGGAACAUGUCCUCAGGUGCCCGCUGUGAGGUGUGUCGUCGCACCUGCAGUUCUUCGGACACCCUGGCUGGCAUGAGAUGCGAGUGGUGUGGGGUUACAGCACAUGCGUCAUGUUACAUAAUCAUCCCCCCAGAGUGCGGCAUGGGACGGUUGCGGAACAUGAUUCUUCACCCCAGCUGCGUGCGGAUCUGCUCGCGGAACUUCAGCAAAAUGCACUGUUACAGAAUCUCGGAAAAUUCCCACCACAGCGAGAUGGAUAACCUGGAUGAUGUCGAUACUCAGAGUCCAGUAACUUCAAAGGAAACUCAGUCUACGGGAUCACCUGACACAGGUAAACAGACGCUGAAAGUUUUUGAUGGUGACGAUGCAGCUAAGCGGAAUCAGUUUCGUUUGGUUUCAAUCCCUCGAAUAAUCAAGAAUGAGGAAGUAGUGGAAGCAUCGCUCAGAGUGUUCUACAUCCCAGAUGAACCGCAGGAUUACGAGCUACAGAGUUACAGCCAACAGGGACUGUUUACAGAUGACAUCAUCAACCGUAACGGCACACCAGACAACAAGCCCAUUUUUAAGGAUACCGCGUCUGACUCCUGGCUGCUCAGAUCAAAACCCAGAGAAGUGGAAGUGAUGAAGAUUUAUCCCGGCUCGCUCAAGGUUGGAGUCACCUCAGUUACUGCUGGGAAAAGCAACACAGUAGAUUCAAUCGUAAAGGAAGUGCUGUCACAAACAGGAAAACAGCUUAGAAAAAUGUGGAAGGGUUUCACGAUAUCCUGAGCUUGCGUUUCUUAUCCUUCUUCAGUGCAACGGCAAGUCCUCAGCGGUCAGGAGAUUUUACUGGACAAACUGCAGGAGAUACGGAAGACAUCGUUGCGACAGAUGAAUCAGACACGGUUUUACAUCGAGGAAAGCAGGAAUCGAAUGGCACAAGUCAAUCUGCUCUUGGGAGGCUUUCCGACACAGCUUGACAGAGAGGAAUACACACACCUGCUAUCCGAACACCUUGCAGUCAAAAGUCAUUUGGUCACCAUCAGUCACGUGUACACUGGACAAGGUGCAGUGGUCCUGCAGAUCAGCUGUUUCUCAGAGGCGGAGAGGAUUUACAUGCUGGCCAAAGACACAAGCAUCAGCGGCAAACAGCUCUACUCACUUGUCAUACCUGAGAUCAUGCAAAGCAAGCUGGCCAAAGGAAGUUGCCCCCUGCUAGUCUUUGUCAACCCUAAAAGUGGUGGAUUAAAGGGUAGAGAGAUCUUAUACAGUUUCCGGAAACUUCUAAACCCUCACCAAGUGUUUGAGCUGACCAGCGGAGGACCACUUCCUGGGUUGCACACGUUCAGGGACGUCCCUCACUUUCGUAUCUUGGUGUGUGGAGGAGACGGCACAGUAGGAUGGGUGCUGGGGGUUCUGGAGUCCAUCCGGCACAAAAUCACCUGUCCUGAGCCAGCAAUCAGCAUUAUACCACUGGGCACCGGGAACGAUCUGGCUCAGGUGUUGCGAUGGGGGGCGGGCUACAGCGGCGAGGACCCCUACAACACCCUGCUGUCUGUGGACGAGGCAGAGGAAGUGCAAAUGGACCGCUGGACAAUUCUUCUGGAUGCACAGGAUAUGACAGAGGAUGGCAAAGUGAAUGGCUUCCUAGAGCCACCCAAGAUUGUGCACAUGAAUAAUUAUUUUGGGCUGGGAAUUGAUGCUGAAAUGAGUCUGGACUUUCAUCAUGCACGUGAGGAGGACCCAGACAAGUUUAAUAGCAGGUUCCACAAUAAAGGUGUGUAUGUAAAGGUGGGCCUGCAGAAGUUGAGUCACACACGAAACCUUCAUAAAGACAUCAGCCUGCAAGUGGACAGAAAGGACUUGGAACUGCCCAGUAUAGAGGGACUGAUAUUCCUCAACAUUCCCAGCUGGGGUUCUGGUGCUGACCUGUGGGGCUCAGACAGUGACUCUCGGUUCGAGCGGCCCAGGAUAGACGAUGGGAUGCUGGAGGUUGUGGGAGUUACUGGUGUUGUGCACAUGGGUCAGGUUCAGAGUGGGUUGCGUUCUGGGAUUCGUCUUGCUCAGGGCAGCUACAUUCGUAUCAGUGUGAACAAACCCAUUCCAGUGCAGGUGGAUGGAGAACCCUGGAUACAAUCACCUGGACAGAUCAUCAUCUCUGCUGCGGGACCAAAGGUGUGCAUGCUGAGAAAGUCCAAGACCAAGCAGAAGAAACAAUCAGGCAGUUUGAAGGAAGGCCGUUCCGACAGUCCAGCUCCCAGUGACGGUGGGCAGUGACAAAACGCACAAACACUGCAUUGACAGCCCUUUACUGUCACCUUGACAACUUUUCUUUUAGUCUGUCCUCUGUUCUUUGUUACAUUCUGGGUUGCUAUCGAUGCUACUUUAAUUACUUUAGCUGACCUAUUAUGUAUUACGCAGACAUCUCUAUCAUCUCAUAGUCUGUAGCGUUCAAACGCCUGUCUGACAAUAGCACUGCAGUCUGUUACUCAGGACUUUAGCUGCCCUCGGCCUGUUUUUGCCUUAGAUUCAUGCUGGUGUAGAUAUUUUUAUUGGUUUUAUUUUGAUAACUACAUCUUCUUUUUAAAGCGAAUAUUGUCUUAAAGUAGUCCAUCACUGAACGGCUACGGCACAUAUUAAUAAGCAACCAGUAUUCAAUCACAUUGUGUGCAUCACAAAUGCCAAAAAAUACACUUUUGUGAAAAUCACCAAGUUAAGAUUAUCACUCUCCUUUCGCAUAUGGUGGCCUUUUUGGUUUAUGGUGCAUACUGUGACUCACCUGGUCAUUUUUCAUCUUUAUAAUUAUUACCUUUAAUGUCUUACUUGAAGUUUAUUUGCAAUAGCAGCCCCCUAGUAGCUUUCUACAAGUAUCUGAACCAAAUUAAUGCAGUAUAAAUGUAUAAACAACUUCAUUAAGAGCACAUUUGAUUGUAUAAGUGGGUCAGGGAGAGAUUAUUGUCUUUGUAUAUCAAUUUUGUAGCUUUCUCAGCUGUGAGACUGUAGGCGCAAUCAUGCGCCUCACCAAAACGUGACUCGUGAGUAAACAAUUUGGCGUCAUCACAGCCAUCUUGUAAAAGGCGGAUAAAUGUUAAUAGCUUUUCGAACAUGUGUGGUACCGAAAAAUACUGUGAAACGCUUAAGAGUUGUGGAUUUUACGAAGGAUGAAUGUUUGUAAAUUCCGUGCGAUGUUUGUGGACACAUGCACCACUUUUGGUAUUAAAUCGUAAUAUAAUGCUGUACGAUACUUGAUAAAACAUUCCAUGCAAGAUCACGUAGCAUAUGUGGUAUUUAACAUGGUGCCAGUUAGUGUAACUGGUCAUAUGAACCUUUAAGCCAACGUAGCUUUAUCAUGUUCUGGUGAAAGCAUUGAUUUGUAAGUUAAUAAAUUUGUUACUGUUAUCUGACAUAGUAGACAGUCGUGUAAGCUACUCAUCCUAUUGUAAAGCUAAAACUAGAGGCGAGCGCAGUGCUGUAAUAUACUGGCUAAUGUAUAUGUGGUUUCUGUACAGUGACUGGUCAGCCCUGGAUUCAUGAGGCUGGCUUUAGAUUGUGUAUGUAUGAUCAGUUAGACUCUCCACUCCCCAUCAGUCUUGCAUUAUUGGCAGGCUGUUGCCCUGAAAAUGUGCUGGAUGCAGGGCGCAGCCUCAGCCACCUAUAGGACGACUGUCUGACUUCAUCUACCUCGUCUCACCGGCACACAUCACUUCGAGAAUCAAGUUCUGCCAAGUUCUCCCAAAGCACUUGCUUUUCAUCCUGCACUUCAUGGGUUGUGUCUGGGAAUAUUCGGAAUAGGUCAGAUAGGUCAGGUUAUAUGCCAUAUUGAAUUUAACAGAUAAAAAUGAAGCUGUGAGGGAGAGACUUGCAGUCUUUACCAUGGCAUGCACUUUAUAAAGAUACUAUAUCAUGUCAUUUUUCACAACUCACAACUUUCAAAACUGUUUUACGGAGUAUUCGUUUUUUCUGAAAGAAGUUUCAUCAGCUAAACAGUCGGCAUGUUGUUAAAAUCCAUUGAAGACACUGUACUUGUGUCACUCACAGCCUCGUUUUCAUCCCUGGCAGAAAUUAAUUAUGGCGCUACCUUAUGGUCUGUGAUGAUGAAUAUGAAAAUCUGACCAAGAUUACACAGCACUGCAUCUUGAAUAAGAAAAAAAAUCAGCUGAUUUGCAAAAAAGACUUAAUAUUAGCUAAUUUGCUCAAAUCUGAGUUAAAAAAUAUCACAAACUUUCCAUUAUGUAGUUUUUCACAAAAUAAAAUGUUCUGACAAUAGCUGACAAUUUAACAAUAGUUUAACCUGACUCGAAUGAAGAUAGGAACCAUGUCUUUGUGGAAGUUUUUCUGCUGGGGGUAUUAAGGGAUAAUAAAAGACUUCUCCUUAUAAAUGUUUGUUGAAAGCAAAAAUGCCGCAAAAAUGCAAACAUUUUGUUAGAAAGUGUGAUAUGCUAUAGCAAAACAAACACUGAAUUUUUGGAAUUAGCAGCAGCACCCCACAAUUAGUAUGAAACAAGUAUUAGCAUUCAGCUAAUACGGUGCAGUCCUGUGUUAUAUAUGGUAAGACUAAUAGUUUAGGUCUCAGUGGCUUUUUUAAGUUAAAAUCCAAGAUGAAGUUGCAGCCUUCUCUCGCCGAUUCGCCCUCUCUUGUGUCGUUCUUUUGCCAGCGAUGUGUACAGUGGUGAUUUUUCUGCAUUAGUCGUGCCUGUUGCCAUGACAACCCCUUGGGGUAACGUGCUGCUCUGUGGUGUGGUGUGGUUUGGCCCGAGCUCUGCGUUUAGUGCCUCAUAUAAGUGCUUCUAGAACUUCUGCGGAAUUGCCGUAUGUGUGCGUUUAACUCUAAUGCCAUUCUGUUUGUUCUGCUGGUUCAGUGACUAUGAAGUAGAACCGUGCUGUUCUAGGUCUUAUAGAGCUGAUGUGCCUCCUGAUUGGUUGAAUCGCAUGAAAACACGUCCCAUUUCACCCCAAAAAAUCAAAAGAAAAAAAAUUAUAUUAAAUAAAAAUUUUAGGACCAU